UGAGUCGCAAGAAAGUAAGAACUGUAGAUAAGCAGUCAGAAAGAAGUUCAGGCCUUUUUUUUUCGUAGGGAAAGAAAACCAACAAACGCAUAAACUAAUAAUGCAAUUCUAAUCAUUCAGUAUACUAAAAUACGUAAGAACACAGAAUAUUCAAAAGAUCUUUGGCCUGACAAAAACAACAACAUUAUAACAACAAGAUACCAAUCGUAGAGCUAAUAUUGAAAGUAUAUAUAGAAUAACGCUAUCUACACGUUUAGUAAGAAAGAGAGCUACCCACGAGUUUAACAAGCAACAAAGCCACUAAUCAACCCUUUGACCAUGUCUAAGCUAAACGCACAGCCUAGACAGAUUUUCGUCUUUGUUUUCGCCGCGAGCUUCCUGCUCGCAUCGACCUUCUCUGCCGUCUCUGCUGAGGACCAGGCCUACACAGGAGGUCUAGAUAAGCAGAGCCAGCAACUUCUGCAGCAGUUCUCGCAAAGUCAGUUGGACUACAUCAGAAGCCUUCUAGGUAAUGCCCUCCAAGGAACAACGAACCAGGUGAAUGAGCUACCAACAAACGAGGAGCAGAGCGAAGAGGUUCAGGAGCCACAACAGCAGUAUGAGCCACCAGCUGUGCUGCUACCCGAAUAUCUGCCUCCAACCCAGCAGCAGAAUCAACCAUCAUCAACCCAGCAGCCAACCCAAUAUCAGCCAACACAAGAACCAAUGGAUAAAGAGAGUGAAGAUGACGACCAACAAGAACCACAGCCAUAUUAUCCACCAACCCAGCCGCCAACGCAGUCGCCACAGUAUCAGCAAACCACACAGCAGUCACCACAGUAUCAGCAGACGACACAGCAGCCACAAUAUCAGACACCACAAGAACAGGAGGAGGACGACGAUGAUAGUCAGGAAGCAGUGCAGCAGCCAAAUGUACCAGAACAAGAUGACUCCGAAGAGACUAGCUACACCACACAACCACAGGUGCAUCAAACACCUGAAGUAGAUGACUCCGAAGAGACUAGCUACACCAGACAGCCACAGGUGCAACAAACGCCUGAAGUAGAUGACUCCGAAGAAGCUGGCCAAACUCCAAAACAAGUGAAACAAGAAAAAGAAGAUGAUGAUGACAGUGACGAAGAACACUGUGGCGGCUACAAGGCGUAUCCCGAAAACAUCGCCUACUAUCUCCAAUUCGACGGGACCAACUGGUUCAAGAGGCCCUGCCCUCUGGGUCUUGGAUUCGACGCUGACAAAUGCGCCUGCGUCAUCAUACUCUCAGGUUACAAGACAUCAACCUAUCCUACCACCACAACAGUACCUACGACAACCACAGUCAGGACAACCACAAGUCCAACCACAACAACCACCACCACAACAACAACAACACAACCAACCACAACGACCACAACGCCAACCACCACGACUACUACACCAACCACCACCACUACAAGGCCAACCACCACAACAGUCACGUCUACAACCACAAGGACGACAACCACAGGAAAGCCUAGUCUAGACCUCUGCCGGGAUUGCGUCAUACUACAUGGAGUUGGCUAUGCGCCUUACCCAGGCUAUUGUGAUGCGUACAUUCAAUGUCAGUUCUCCGGAAGUGUUCCGUCAUCUGCCAUUAUCAGACGCUGUCCAACUGGACUUCAGUGGAACCAGAACAAACUGACCUGUGAUUUUCCUGAGAUUGUCCAGUGUAAAUCAGUAGUUGCAAAGUGUCCAAGACAGAAGGAAAUCGUGGGAAAUAAACAAGAGUACCUUUCCUUCAACGGCUACACCUGGACCCAGCUCAGAUGUCCAGUGAAUCAAGUGUACAGCGAUCUUGUCUGCGGUUGUACUGAAAACUGGGGAGGUUACGGCAACUUUGAAACCUGUGCAGACAAAAGAGCUAUAGCCGGUGACAAAACUGGAUACCUGCAGCUCUCUUCUUUAGGAUGGAUUCGCAUGCCAUGCCCCAAAACUCUGGGCUACGAUGCAGCCACCUGCAGAUGUACAGACAUCUUGGAAACUUCCGACCUCUAUACUAACUGUCCAAACACGAAACCAAUUCCUGGGGAUGUAACUGGUUACCUUCAGUUCAAUGGAGUAAGCUGGAUCAGAAUGCCCUGCCCUGCAUCAGUUGGAUAUGACUCUCGCACGUGCCAAUGUACUUAUAGGUUGACAGUCAAGGGAGACAAGGAAGACAAAUGCGAACCUUCACUGGCCCUGACAUUUGAAGACAACAGCGCCACUGAUACUUCCAUCAAUCAGUUCUGGGUCAACAACACUGGCGUGACCUUCAGAAACGGCAAAGCUUACUUCGAUGGUCAGUCCAGAUUGACCGUGCCAGGUUUCUCAAACAUGGAUCUUGGAAACACAGUGACGAUUGCCGUUACAUUCAGCCAAACCGGAGACAGCCAACAGACCAUAGUGACCAACGGAGACUGUGGUGUACUCCAGUCAGUGGGUGUCUGUUCUAGUGGAAACUCAGUGGACUUCUUUGCUGAGACAGCCAUCCAGAAGGCUCAAGUGUCAGUGGCUAAAACAGUAAGCAAAGAUGCUAACACCUGGCAGAAUGUUGUAUAUACGUUGAACAAGGAUCACCUUACAGGCUAUGUUGAUAAACCAUUUAAUUCAAGUACCAAGGAAGUCAAAGGUUCCUUGGUAAGAAAUCACAGAGGUCUUAUCAUUGGUGGUGGAGGCGAGUGUGGAGGUUUUACUGGAGCCAUUGACCAGAUAUACGUGUUCUUGUGCAACCCAAGAGCUCAUUGAGUCCUAUCUCCAGUCCUAUCUCCAGUCCUAUCUCCAGUCCUAUCUCCAGUCCUCCAGUCCUAUCUCCAGUCCUAUCUCCAGUCCUGGCCUUCUACACCUACCAUCUGACGUAACAAGAUACGAAAUCCAGCAGAAGAAAAAAAAACAUUAAUGCAACAAGAGAAAGAAAAAAAAAAAGAACUAAACAAGAACUAAUAAUUUAAAAUCCCAAUAAAAACCUAGCCAAUUGUUUAAAA